UGGAGUGGGGACUUGGAAUUGAGCUGCGGCUCAAUGGUGGGUCAUCGGCUUGGCAUGAAGAAGGUCCCAAAUUCACACCCUGGCAGCAUCUUCAGGUAGGGCUGGGAACGGAGACUCCUCCUGCCUGCAGCCUUGGAGAGCUGCUGCCAGUCAGUGUUGACAAUACUGAGUUAGAUGGACCAAGGGUCUGACUCAGCAAAAGACAGCUUCCUCUCUUGGCAUAUAGCCACCUAACGGAGCAGCGGGGAAGCAACCUGCCUGGAGAGCAGGAGGCUUUGGGUUCGAAUCCCCGCUGGUGUGCUUCCCAGACUAUGGGAAACUCCUAUAUUGGGCAGCAGCGAAGUAGGAAGGUGUUGAAAGGCAUCAUCUCAUGCUGUGCGGGAGAUGGCAAUGGUAAACCCCUCCUGUAUUCUACCAAAGACAACGACAGGGGAAGCAGCAGCAGCAGCAGCAACAGCUGAAAUUCCCUUCUCACUCGUGGUGCUUUCUGCCUGUAGCCUAGUAGCGCUGGUCCUGCUGCUUGUGAACUGUAUAUGGUGUUGUAAAACUCAAGAGAUAAACUUCAAGGAAUUUGAAGACAAUUUUGAUGAUGAAAUAGACUUCACACCACCUGCAGAAGACACCCCGUCUGUUCAGUCUCCAGCAGAUGUGUUUACCCUUACAGUUCCCAAUGUCUCUUUAUCAGUUCCAUCCCAGUUCCAGCUUCCAACAGAAGGACUGAAGUCUCAGGUUGUACGUCAAAAUCUAAACUAUAUCCAAGAAAUUGGAAAUGGCUGGUUUGGAAAGGUUCUGCUGGGGGAGGUUUAUACAGGCAGCAGCGUGGCAAGAGUGGUGGUGAAGGAAUUGAAAGCGAGUGCUGGACCCAAGGAGCAAGAGCGGUUCUUGAGGCACGGCGAGCCUUAUUUCAUUCUUCAGCAUCCUAACGUCCUCCAGUGUACCGGGCAGUGUGUAGAAGCCAUUCCUUAUCUCUUGGUUUUUGAGUUUUGUGACUUGGGUGACCUCAAAGCGUACCUGUGCAGCGAGCAGGAGAACGUUCAAGGCGAUUCCCAGAUCAUGCUGCUGCAGAGGAUGGCCUGCGAGAUUGCUGCCGGGCUCGCCAUCAUGCAUAAGCAUAACUUCGUGCACGGUGACUUAGCCUUACGGAAUUGCUUCCUCACGUCUGAUUUAAACGUAAAAAUAGGAGAUUAUGGCAUCGGAUUCAGUAGGUACAAGGAGGACUAUAUUGAAACAGCUGAGAAGAAACUGGUGCCUCUGCGGUGGACUGCGCCAGAGCUGGUGACCAGCUUUCAAGACAGGCUGCUGACAGCUGAGCAAACGAAGUACAGUAACAUCUGGUCCUUAGGUGUGACACUGUGGGAGCUUUUCAGCAGUGCGGAGAAGCCUUACUCAGAUCUAUCCAACGAUGAGGUCCUGACGCAGGUCAUAAAAGAGAAACAGACGAAGCUCUCGGAACCACCUCUUGAACAGCCCUAUUCUGAUAGAUGGUAUGAAGUCCUGCAGUUCUGCUGGCUGCCUUCGGACAAGAGAGCCACAGCCGAGGAAGUCCAUAAGCUGCUCACAUUCCUCCGUCUGCAAAGCCAAAGGGAUUCAGUGCUCGAUCCCGAACAGUGGGACGAUCUCAAGCCGGACCCUUCCAAUCGAGAGCCCUUGGCUGACUCUGCCUUCCCCAUCCUGGAUCACUUCCCAGGCAGCAGACUCAGCCGCGAGCUGGAAGAAGUCCUCACGGUGACGGAAACCAGUCGCGGGCUCAGCUUCGAAUACAUCUGGGAGGCGGCCAAGCACGACCACUACGAAUGCAGCCAGCCCAGCCCGGAUGAAGGGAUGACAUACACCAACAUGUUCUUCCCGCUGGAGGUUUUUGAGAGCACACUUACCGAGCAAGGACCGGGGGUGCAGGAUGAAAGUGGGCAGGAAACUUCCCUCCGGGUACCUGGGCAACUUCCUGUAUUCAACGCCCAUAAGCCUUCUGUGGGAAAUGAUUACUACAUCCAGUUAGAAGAGAAGGGCGGAAGCACUAAAGUCAACUUUGAUAACCAGCCAUCCAUAUUGACUACGGAAGUAGACGGCCAUGAAAUUCCAACAGACCGACCUUCUCACUUCAUGGUUCUUGGGGAUUUUGAUGCUGCGGAAUCGACUACAGAUGGGGAACUUUUCUGCAAUGCAGAUUCCAAGGAUUUGCAUGUGACUGGCCCUGAAAGCCCUAUUCAACAUCUAUUCAGUGAUGUCCCUGGAAAAGAACAGUGGUCAAGUGCAAAAACUAGAUCUGAAUUAACAGAUAUAAAUGAUAUUCACAUCGAGCUUGAAGCGGUUUCGUAUUUGGGUGUAGAGGACUCUGUCAUAGCUGAUCUGCCCAAGAAGGGAUCUCCUCGGCAGAUUUCUGAAUGUGAAUCUGUUGACUUGUAUGAGGAUGCCGUACAGCAGUUGUCUGAUCCUGGCCUUCUGACUUCAGAAGAGCUGUCUGAUAACUUCCUUUUUCUCCAAGAAAAAAACUUGUUAAUGGGGAACAACAAAGCUGGCAGAGGUGAUCUCCAAAGCGCAUCCAACAACACACACAUGCUAGAGACACCAAAUAGGAACUCUUUGGGGGUUGAACUUAAAAUGGGUUCAAAUACUCCAGCCCACAAAGCUGAUCAUUUAGUGCAAAUAGAUACAGAUGAAAGUGUGAGUGUUCUGCCUCCGUCUGUUCUGGCAAGUCAGCUACUUUCUAGCUCACCUGUGAUGGAUAAGGAACAGCUAGCCCCCCUAUUGAGAACUGGCAGAAACCUUUCAGAGGUCGGAAUGGAUGGUAAUUCUGGAUGCAGUAUUGAUGACUCCUAUCUUGGGAUGGAUCAAGUUUCCGUAGCCGCCUCUGUCGAAGGGCUCUCUGCUCAUGCCAAAAACCAAACCGAUGGGAAUAACCUCUCUCAAAAGACUGCACUCAGUGCUCACGAGCAAGACAGGCCGAUAAAAAACCAGGAACCUAAUCACCACAGUAGUAGUAGUUGGGACAAGUUGAUCCGUGGCGUGGAGGAUAAGCAGUCUAGGUCAGAACAAAAUGAGGGGUCUCCUCUGCAGCAGAACGGUGGAAUUUCAGCUCAGGUUCAAACACAUAACCAAGAGGCUCUGCAGGGAACUGCUCUCCCCCCUGCUCUUCUUGCAGACUGUGUCAGUCAAGACAGUCUCCUGGAAGACAGUCUGUCCACCCCUACACAGAGCAUGGGGCAAUCUGUAGAUACACCAGACUCAUUAGAUUCGUUAGAUGUCAGUGAGGUCUUGGAGUCUCUAGUAGGUCAGGGUCCCCAGAAACUUUUGCCGCCUGAUAAGCCUGCUGAUAGUGGUUAUGAAACUGAGAAUCUGGAGUCUCCAGAAUGGACUUCGCACCUCACGGGCAGUGACUCUAAUGAAGACACUGCUUUGUCUGGUGCUGGGGGAAAUGGUGAUACUCCUGUGAUCAUUGUGUCAUCGGACGCCAACGGAGAUUCCGAUACAGCACAUGCCACGAGUAGCUUUGGAGUAGUCCCUAAGACCUCCUUGGGUGGGAUCCAAAAUUCAUACCGAGAUUCUGCCUAUUUCUCUGACAACGAUUCUGAGCUCGAUAAGAAAUCUGAAGAAGUUAUCAGUACAUCAGCCGAGCCAAAAGUACUAUUGGAGGGUGGGCCGUGUGGUGAAUAUUUUGAAAUGGAAAAGGAUCGGCCAAAUGGUAACAAAAUAGCUGAUGGCCAGUUGACGAAUAACUUGUGCUCCAAGCAGGAAUUAGCUGAAAGGCUAGAGCCACAAGAGAGAAAUACGUCAAGGCAGGAGAGUUAUCAAGAAGAUGGUGGCACAACUUUAUUGCCACCUGCGGUGGAUCUUGAAUCUACCAAUGAUGAUGACGUUGAAAUAUAUGAGGAUUUCCCCAGAAGCGUCUCUUGCAUGGGCACCAACACAGCAGAUUUUCUUCCUGAGAGAGACUUAAAGAUUGUUCCCAACUUGUAUGGCCCUGUUGAAGCCUUUGAAAAACCUUCAUUGUGUCACCUUGAAGGUCAUAAGCUGAAAGAGCCAGACAUUGAAGGGAAAUACCUUGGCAAACUUGAUGUUUCUGGGAUGCUUGGUCUGUCAUUGGAUGGGGAUGAAGCGGAUGAAGAAGAUGAAAAUAGUGAUGACUCAGAGGAUGACAUGAGAACUUUUCAUCUGCAUGGUCUUAGCUCUGACAGCGAUGAGGAGACUGUGCACCCAAUACCAAUCAUCCUUACGGAUAAUGAUGACGGGAAACAUCUGAGGAGCUUGCUGAAACACCCAAAGCUUCCGAGACAGAACAAUCCUCAUGAAAACGUCCUGCAAAAUGAGAGGAAAGCUGUAACAUUCUUUGAUGAUGUCACAGUCUAUCUCUUUGAUCAGGAAACGCCAACCAAAGAGCUUGGAAACAGAGUUGCAGAAUCAAACUACUCAGACUCCACUCCUCCUCCAGCUUCAGGACUGAACUACUUGAAUAAAUUUACAAAUUCAGAAAGCUCUACUGAUGAAGAAGGUGGUGGCUUCGAAUGGGACGACGACUUCUCUUCUCCAGAGCCCUCUUUUCUAUCGAAGGCAGCAAAUGGCCCCAUUCAUUCCAGGCCUUCUCUCCAGACUUCCAAGUACUUCUCUCCGCCACCGCCACCUCGGAGCCCUGAACAAAACUGGUCUCACUCGUCCCCUUACUCCAGGUUCUCCAUCUCACCAGCAAACAUGGCAAGCUUUUCUCUCACUCACCUUACAGAUUCGGAUAUGGAGCAGGGAGGGAGCAGCGAAGAUGGAGAAAAAGACUAGGCAGCUGAAGUUUCCUCUGUGCACGAAGUCGCUGGUGGGGACAUCUAGUGCUGCUUCUCUCUAACAACAAACCUUCGAGAAACUCCUGCCUCUGAAAAGGCAGUAGAUCUGCCCAGGCCCUCCGAUCAAGCGGAUGGCGAUCAUGGACGGCAAUGUUGGAUCAGGCCUUGGACUGGGAAGGUGUAUGUUAAUUUUUGUAGUGUAUCGUUUUGGAAAUGGUGCAUUUUCGCAUUUUCCUCUUUAAAGGUGGUUCUGUGCUGGCUCCCCGCUCUCCCUCAAGUACUUGAAGUAUUCUACAAACAAUUUGUAAUGAAUUAUGUAAAAUGGUUAUGUUCUGGUUUAUAUAUAGGAUUGUAUCAUACCCCUUUUAUAGCCCUGUUAUAUGAUGUCUAUGAACCUGUACAGUCGCUGAGCAGCGGUCCCUUGAAAUGACGAACAGCUGUUGCGUAGCAAGCCAUAUUUCCCAGACUCUGCCUGCUGCUUAGCUGCAGAUGCACUAUUGGCUUCUCCUCCUGCGGUUCCCCUGCGCUGUAUAAAGCCGUUCUUCUUUGCUUCUUGAUCUAGUGGUGGUUGGUUUGGCCCGUUGAACCAGUUUGCUUUGAAUUCCUGCCUCCUUUCUGCGCGGUGCUCUUGUUGGAAUGUCCAGAGCUGCAGUCUUCCUGUUCUUAUAAUUUCUGGAACUUUAUGUGCUAGCAAUGUGUCUAAAAGGGCAAUUCUCUGCCCCACUUUUGAGAGAGAGAGAGAGAGAGAGAGAGAGAGAGAGAUUAUUAUUUGCAGUAAAGUGCUCCAUGAGUUGACUUCUUAGGGCGGGGGGGUGAUGUCGGAAGACUUUUCAAAUAUCCGUAAGACCCUUUCUUAGAUCUUAGGAAAGAUCCAUAAGAUCUUUCCAUGCACUUGUGCGUGUGCGCGCGUGCAUGUAUGCAUGCACAUGUUCAUUCCAGAUGAUCCUGGUUGCUAGAUAACAGCUAAUACCAUGCAUCUCCUAUUCAGGGAUCUAACCUCAUUGGUGGAUGUGUUUAUUCCAUGCGGUUGCUUUCCACCUCUGUUCUUUGGUCAUUAUAAAGAAGCGGCUUUAAUAAAGUGGACUUUCUAAGUCUACCUGCUUUCCCUGAUGUGUAGUCGGUGGAUGCUGAGAACCAAGCUUCCAAACAGGUUAGGUCAAGGGUUCUCAAACCUGGGUCCCCAGAUGGUGUUGGGCCACAACUCCCAUCAUCCCCAGCCACAAUGGGCCUUUGGACAUUGCGCCUGGGGAUGAUGAGCUUUGUAGUCCAACACCAUCUGAGGACCUAGGUUUGAGAACCCCUGUGUUAGGGUCUCCCUAUGCCUCCUGUAUUCAGAAUGGUCUGUUGUGGAUUUUCUCCAGGUUGGCUGCUGGAAAGAGUAUCCUCUGGGGGGAGUACGGUUCUUCUAAGGGAGCAAGUGGAAACGUAAGGGCUUCAUUAGAUUCUGGUUUCCUUCCAUGGUUUUCAAGGCCUUCCCAGACCUCCCUGCUGUUGCUGGAUAGUGGCUUUGGCUUGCUUAUAAGAUAGGAAAUGGAGCCCACAAAAUGUGGUGUGAACAUAGCUGUGAUUACCCUUGCAAUUUUUUUUCCUAUUUACCUUGCUCUGAAAGGGAGCAGUUGAGCUGCAAACCAGAUUAUGCAGCCACAAUUUUGGCAAAGGAAGGGUUUUGAAAUAGGAUUGGUUUUGUAUUUUGAACUACUGGACUAAUCUACAUGGCCUUCUUCUUGGGUCUGAGCUGGAAACAUCUGGGAAGGCGCAUAACCUUGGCACGCUUCAACACCCUUUAUCAAAGAAUGUAUAAAAGCACUGGGGUGUUUUCUCCACCUCUUCUCCCCUCGUGGGGAAGGGCUGGAAUGGAAGUACAUUACAGUUGCCAGUGCCAGCGCUUCAAUUCACAAGGAACUCUAAGGUGGUGAGAUCGGCUGCAGAAAUGGGUUGCUUCAUAGAACAUGCCCUUGAGUGCCAACUCGCCCCGAUGCGCUAUCCUUGGUGGCGUCCUGCAGAGCUCCUCUUUGGAAGAGCGCAUUUGGACCGGCCCCAGAUUCCUCUUUAGAACGCAAACUACAACCUUGGGCCUAUUGAAACGGCUGCUAGCCUCUUCCACAGGUUUCAAAGAGGAGGGCUCCUUGACAGGGGUUGUGUGUUCCUUCCCAGUUCCCUCAUAGCGUGCUAAAUUUUGUAAAAGCACGGGAACUCCAAAAGCAAGUGUGAAAACACUCUGCCAUGGAGUGUGCACCCAUAUAUGGAAUUGUAGGGCAGGAUGGGAAAGCUCCGAAGUGUGUGGUUUGUGACUUAGAAUGUCAUUUAUCAAGUCAAAUGAGGAGGAACUGUGCAGAGGCGUAGGGUGUACAUUCCACCAGCCGCGAUCUGGAGAGGAGCUUUUCCCCGCCCAUUUUUUAAACAGUACCGUUGUUGGAAAACAUCCUGCUGCAGAGGAAACUUUAACUCCUUUAUCUCAAGUCUGAAAUCCACGUUAAUAUACUGUCCCCCCCCCACCCUCACCCCCGUGAAAACAUCAGAUAUUGCAUGUGGCUUCAGGGUUUGUACUUGAGAGGUGUUAUGAACCCUGGGAGUGUUCCUAAGUCAUUCCUUGCAAAUGAGUCGUAUGAUUGGUGGCAACCAUGAAAGGCUUAACAAAAUAAAAUUCCAGUGUUGUAGAGGGGUGUGUGUGUGUGUUCACAUGAGGGCCAAACUCUGAUCUUUGAAGCUGAUCAUUCCAGCAGUAUCUGGGGAAUACCCCGUGUAAGCUGUCUCAUUGCCCUGACAGACUCCCAGAAUGCAUCCUGCGCUGGUGUGAGCAAGAGAUUCUCUCCUAGUUGGUGGAAUGGUCCAGGAAUGCACCUUUUUGCUCCCAAAACUUUUGACAUGUGCGCCACUUUAACUCCCAUGCUGGUUCCCCCCCCCCAGCACCUCUUAAAUCCAGGGAUCCCGCCCUGUAGCCCCAUCUCCCGAGACUUACUUUGAAGGUAAGUUUCAUACCGCCAUUAAGGAGAGACCUCUUGCCAUGCAGCCUCCAGGCUGACUUCUGUGCCCUUUUGCACUAUAGUUGGAGGAAGAGAGAGAGAGAAAGAGUCAGAGCAGUUGACUUGACUCCCUUGUUCUGCAAGGAGCAGAUCUGUCUGUGUGUGUUUCCUCUCCGUGCUUAAGAACCUGUGUGCGAAUUGAGACGUUCCUACGGCUAGGUGUGCAAGCCCCAGGACUGGCCAGAGGGAGUCUUAUCCCAGCCAUUGCUGCUGCUACAUAAGCAAAGAUUGCUGCCCUCCCCAGCAGACCACAAUAUUUUCUUUCACAGCUGCAUGAUCAAAAGAAUCCUCCCCACCGCCAUAGGGAUGAAUUGCUAGCAAGAACUUCUCUUUCUAAACUCCAGCAGAUCGUGCCACUGUUAGGGCCACAGGGCCCCUGCCGUCUUAGCAGCCUAACCUACCCUGGUCUUGUUUUGGGGUGCAGCUGCGCCCCCAGAGUCAGGAGGCUGGUUGGGGUUAGCAGUGGUCCCUAACACUGAACCCCACAGGGCAGGGUUCUCAAACCUGGGUCCUCCCACUUUCCCCAGCCACGAUGGCUACCACUCUCAUAAUCUCAAAGGCCAUUGUGGCUGGGGGUGUGUGUGAUGGGGAUUGGAGUCCAGCAACAACUGGAGACCCAACUGGAGACCCCUGCUAUAGGAUGGCGAUGACCCUCGUGGCCAGAGGAACAGUUGCCCACAAGGGCUGUUGCCAGGCCCCAAAGCAGGGCUUUGUGGGGACCAUGUCUAAACUGCCUGUUUGCAGUGUUGUUGUGGAGACAGAGCUCCAUAGCCGUGUUCUCUGUAACCGGGGACCCCUAGUUGUGGUUGAGCCUCCGUAAUCCCCAGCCAAGGGCCAUUGCAGCUGGGGGUGAUGGGAGUUGUAGUCAGCGGCAUCGGGGAAUCCCUCUUACAGGGAGCACUGGUCCAUAGGACCAGACUGAAAAAUGCACGUUGAUGCUUCCAUGAGAAAAAUAUCUAGGUGAGGCAAGUCUGUAAUGCUCGUCGCGAGUGAGAGGCCCAACGAAACGGGAAGCGUUUUAGCUGCUAAAUCAUGUCCAGCGUCCUUCACGUAAGAGAAUGUAAAAGCCACCCGCUCCUCCCCUGUGAAGCACGAAUGAGAGUCAUUCACGCCCACUUUUAAAAAUCAGUAUUUUAGAUUGUGAUUUAUAUGCAGGUCUGAUUUGUGUGUGUGUGUUUCUCCAUUUAUUUUUAUCUUUUAUUUUUUGGAGAGAGAAUGAACCAGCUUAGUUUUUAGGGAGAAUAGCAAUUAAGCACUCGGCUGGAACGACUUUGAUGGUAAAAUGGCUAUUUUUGUGGUGGAAGGUGGAUUUGGAAACACAUUAGCCUUACAAGAAAUAGCCUUAAAAAUAAGAAUGGAGUAUAAAACCAUUUUAACUUAUUCAGCUUUAAGUUGUACAAAGUAUCCAGUCUUUGGUAAGGAGAAAUCUUGGGGGAGAAGUGUAUAAGACGGAACAGAAAAAUGUAAUGAGUGUAUAAAUACCACCAGUCUGUGGGUUUUUGUUUUGGUGUGUUUUGCAAAUGAAACUUGAAUGAGUUUAAGAUAUGUUUAGUUCCGUUUUAAUAAGUCGUCUGAUCUUGCACAGUGGUUGAUGUAACCUAAUGGUAAAUGGUACUGGUUUAUGUGUAUAUAUAUGAUGUUUCACUCUAUUUGUAAAUGAGGAAAUUUAUGUGUAAAAAAUCAUAGGGGAGAGGUUUUCCUAUUGGAAUCUAAUACAGGUAUGAGGUUUAUGGCAAUAUCCUAGUUAAUGAAAUUUCAGGUUGAAUUGUCUUUAAAUUGUGUACAUUUUAAAACUGUAAUAUUUCUACUGUACAUUGAUCAUGCAUAGUGUGAUUCAAGACUGCUUGUAAUUUAAAGAACCUUAUUUAAUAUUCAAAAUAAAAUAAAAGUAUAUAUUUAUAAA